AGAAAAACAGAGCAAGGGUGUUUGGAAAACUUAAAACUUCUCUCACAAAUUUUAAAUUUAAAAUUUUGUUAGAGGAUAAUUCAAAAAUUAGGUUUUAAAAGUGAUUUUAAGCAUAAAAUACAAAAUAUGAGAGAGAGAAAAUAUGAGAGAGAGAAACCACCCCUUGAAAACCCGCCCCUGGCCAGUUGAUUUCCGUCCGCCGGCAACGGGGUACCAGAACCUUGAGAGACAUCCGGUGAGGGAGAGAACCUUUAAUCACAACCAACCUAACCAGAGUAGACCGAGAGAUAUUCUACGGGAACCUAAAAGGACAGUAGGAGAACCACAUAGAGGACAGCGAGGGGCAUCAUUUGGAUAUGGCAAAGGUGUUCUUGAACAAGCAACGUCCUUCUUCUUCACCAAUUUUCCAGAUGACUGGAGGAUGGAUGAAAUGUGGACGGCUUUCAUCAGAUGUGGAAGGGCAAUUCAAGUGUAUGUAGCAAGGAAAAAGGACAAAAGGGGACGCAGAUUUGGCUUUGUUCGGUUCUUGAACGUCAAUAAUCCUAAAGAGCUGGAAGCCAAACUCAAGCAAAUUCAUUUCGACAAUUACCACCUGGAAGCGAAUAUAGCAAUAUUUUCCAAGGAUGAGUCCAAACCAAACAAGGGGGAGAAACCUCGAACAAUGAGAUGGGAUGCGAGAAGAACUUCUAGAACAUACGCAGACGUUCUAAAAGGAGUACAUCCCAGUAGGAGGACCAUUCAUACCCCCAAGCCACGUAAGGAAUGGCGAAUAAGGAGUGUGAAGAGGACAGAGGGUGAGGAAUGGCAUGGUCUUGAGUUUCAGGUUGAGAAGGAUGAUCUGUCUUGGUUAGAAGGGUGCUUUGUCGGCAGAACGAAAGGCCCCGAGAUCAUAGGCACACUUCAGGAGAGAUUCCUAAUGGAAGGAUAUUUUUCAGCCAAAGUAACUCCAAUGGGUGGCAACUUGGUGCUGAUAUCGGGUGAGGACUCGGAGGAAUUAAAACACCUUGUUGAGGAAGGACGGGACUGGCUUUCUCAAUGGUUUACUGAUGUUCGACCUUGGUCCCCAACGGAGGUCGCCACUGAAAGAUUCACUUGGCUAAGAUGUCAGGGAGUUCCUCUGCAGAUUUGGAAAAGUUGUUUUUUUCAAUCUAUUGCCUGUCUGUUUGGAAAAUUCGUCUCCAUUGAUGGUAGCACAAUAAAAAAGUCCAGGUUGGAUGUGGCUAAGAUUCUGAUCUUGACACCGAUUCAGGAGAACAUUCAUAGGAAAAUCAGUGUCAAAGUUGGAAAUGAUAUUUUUCAAAUCAGAAUCAGUGAGGAAGUAGGUAUUGAUAACAUUUUCUGUCUGAGAUCAGACUUUGCGCUAUGUAAAGAGGAGAGCUCGAAUGAGGAUGAUUGGACAGAGUCUGCGUUUGAUGACACAGAAGAUGAAAAUGUAGCUUGGGAUGGGUUGUUCUUGCAGGACAUUGAGGAUGACGAAGAUGACAAUCCAAAGAUUGAAGAACAUUUUCCAGCGACCUCUGCAAUGGAGGAGGCACAGCCGAUGAUGGUUUCCGGCAAGGAAGCCGAAAGGUGGACGGAAUCCGUUGAGAGGGUGUCAGACUCAAUUAAUGCAGUUGAACAAAAUUUGAAUAAUGCGGCGCCAAUUAAGACCAUUGCAGAGAACGUUGGCAACAAUCCCCCAGAACGGGAUUCGCGUCUGUCAGAAGCAAGGUUGGAGAAUGGGACGCUUAUGAAGGAAGCUUGUUUUCAAAAAACAGAGGCAUCUAACACUACUUGUGGAUCGGAGGAGCUGCAGUACCCACCAGGCUUUGGGCCACCAACAGGUUUGGCCCAAAAUAAGGUCGCUGGGCCUAAUGAGGAAAAAGGAAAUAAAAAUCGGAGAUUGUAUACCCAAACGAUGUUAUCCAAACAGAUUAGCAGAGGCUCAAAAUCGGAGGGUGAGACAAAUCUUUUGAGGGUAGAAAUGGCCAACACAAAAAGACCAGCAAAUGGGGGAAAUCCCGAAGAUGGUGAAAGCAGCACUCAACCUUUUUGGGAGGGUCUAGCAAGUGAGGAUGAAAUCCUCCAAUUGAGGGCUGAAAGACUAGCUCAGAAAGGGAAGAAGAAAAGGAAGCAAGUGAAGAGGAAAAAAUCCAGAACAGAUGGCCUGGACAUGCAGCGGAUUCGGGAGGUGAGUUUAGUCCCGACUGUGGAAACAAGCAAAAAGAGAAGCUGUUUGGAGGAGGCCGAGGAACUAUGGGUAAUUGGACAACAAUUGGGCUUGAUCGAUGAAUCAAAUUCAGAGGAAAUUAUAAGAAGGUUGGAGGAAAUGGAAAGAAGGGAUAGAGCUGCUCUGGCCAAACAAAAGAUGACCGGAGCUAUUGCCGAGGGGGAUCCUAUUUUCCAUCCAUGAAGAUCAUUUCAAUCAAUGUUCGUGGAUUGGGAGGAACUGAUAAAAGGAGGGGGUUGAGAGAACUAAUCAAGAAAGAAAAGGCAGAUAUGGUGUUCAUUCAAGAGUCAAAACUUGAGGUAUGUGAUCUUAAAUUUUGUAAAUCAAUUUGGGGCUCGGAUUAUUGUGAUUGGGUGAUGAAACCAGCACAGGGGAGGUCUGGAGGUAUUAUUUGUAUAUGGAACCCAAUUGUUUUCAAUAUGAUUAAAAGAUUUGAAGGCAA